UUUGCAUUAUCCAUUCUGAGGGCGUGGAGCAGCUGGAGCACCAGCACAAAGAGUCAAUGAUGAGCAAAUGACAGGAAUGGGCACACAGUGACACUCAACACCCAGCAACCACCAACAGGCCUCGGUGCCUCAUUCCUGCUUGUGCAACCAACCCUUUGAUGAUUGACUGCAUUUCCUUCCUUUUUGUUUCUUUUUUGAACACCCGGGCUGGGUUCUGCGUUUUGCCCAAGUCUGCCGCAGCACCACCAAGGGUUAGCCCUAAUCUAGCCGGAUGUCCCAGCACUCGACGUCAUAACCAUGGUCCCUCUCGCUCGACCUCGCCGCCGGUUCCCGGAACCUUCUUGUCCCUGCGCCGGAGGAUGAUGGUGGGAGGCACCAGGCCAGCACGAAUGGGCACGCGCGCUGCUGCGCCGAUCAUCUCACAUGAAACGGUUGAUCGGCUUGCCCGGCCAACUGGGAAUGCAGGAGAUGCACAUGCUGUUGUACUUUGGAACUAGGGAAGCAAACGCGCGUGCAAAUCGGGUGGUACCUGGCAGUGCUGAGCACCAGGCCACGCGGGCCAAGAGCAGAGAAGGCGACGGAUGUGGCGCCUGGGAUGUGGCGCCUGGGCGUCCCAGCCAGUCUCUAAACGGGAUACGUCAGUCGCAAAUCCAGGCGACUCUUCCGAGUUGGCACAAGCGUCACCGAACCUGGCUCGGCCGACGCUCUUGAGAUGCACCAAUAAAUCCGAUCCGGACCGACCAGCAAUAAGAGGGGCCAAUACAGAUUGGUGCUCCCAGGCACGGUUUUGGACCUGCCCAUGGCGUCUACUGUUGAGCGGUUUGUCAUGGCAAAGAUCCGGUUCCGUCUAGAUAGGUUGCCCUUUUCGUGUCCCCCUUGGCUUUAAUGGCUCAAUUCUCUCAAUCUAUUGGAACCAAAUCUUUCAAGACGACAAUUUCAUGUUGUAUUUUUUUUGCUCCCCCAGGCUAGGGGCACGAGGUGGCACUGCAGCCUCGCUUCCCCCUUUUUUGCCUCGCUCGCCCUGGAGGUUACCUAAACUCCGCGCGCCCGCUCCGCCCAAUAGUUCCACCCUAAGAGCACGAUCCAACAUUGAUCUUUUCAUCUCGGAUCCAUCCGCCCACAGCAUGCCUAGCAGCGAGGGCCCAGUACACUCGGCCGGCACGACGCGCCCGGCUGCUGGCUGCAUCAUGUCCCAGUCCCCAAACCCAGCCACCCCCCCACCGCCUUGCCUGCCUGCCUGCCUGCCUGCCUGCCUGCUUGUCCACCUGCCCAUAACCGUCACCGCCCUGCUGGCCCGUUCGCAGCACCAGCACCAGCAGCAAGGGACGCCCGCCCAGCAGCAGCGGGCCCGACGACCAUGCGCCGGGCUGGGGCGGCAACGUCCCGCGCGCCCUGCUGCUGCUGCUGCUGCUGCUGGUCCAGGGGCCGCUGUCGCUGCACGCGGCUCUGCGGCGGCGAUCCCGGGUCUCGGCGAGGCCAGCGCUGACAACCUACGUGUUCAGUCAUAA